UCACCGACUUUGGAGGUUUUCUGGCGCAGCAACAGGAAAAGACAAACGUCUCACAGACUACACGGACUCCGCGUUUAAAGUUUUGAAUCCUAAUAUACGUUUUGUGAAAAAUAUGUUUGUUGCUCGCUAGUUUUUAUGGGGUUGUUCACCAGUUCGUUAGGUUGAGUGUCCGUGUUAGUUUUGUUUUUACGUGUUAGUUGAUGAGAAGCUAUAAUUGAGUUUAAACUCGAUAGGCUAAAAUACGCUAUCUAAUAAAAACAAUAAGAACAGUCAACGCUAGCUCUCAUGAGUUAAAGUCAGUUUCCACGAUGGAGGUCACUCCUAAAGCAGAGAAAACUAAAUCAGUGUAUUAUUCACCAUGUGAUUCAGUGGAGUCGAGCCCGUGUGAAUAUAAAGAGGAAAAGCAUCAACAAAAGCUGAGUUCCUCUCUGAAGGAGAGGCUGAAGAGAUCAAGGCGCUCCUUCACCUCGCCCUUCUCUGUAGCCAAACGCCUUUGUGUUGAUGAUGAGGAGGAGGAUGAUGGCCAACAAGUUGCAACAGAUUCCAGGGAGACAGUCCAUAACCCUCCACUGAUCAUGCCCAAUGUUGAUGUAAACAGAAAAAAAGAGGGAUCAGUGAGGGAAAGGUUUUCUGGACCCUUUCCCGAGCUAACAGAUUCUCUUUCCAAAGACACGGCACAACAACCAUACCAACUGAGGAAGGAGGUUAAAGAGAAGACAGAGACUCUGCGCAGACUCAAGAUGGUUCAAAUGUACAGAAGCAAGAAUGAUUUAAGGCAGCUCCAAACAUUGAUUGACAAGUGGAGGAGUUGUGCUCAGGCCGCUCUGUAUGAGCUCCAGUCAGAUGUCAUCGAAGACAGACAAAAGGUCAGCCUGUCGAGUCUCAUUGACUUAUUCGGCCUGGAUGACUGUAUCCUGCACUUUGACCGUGCAGAGGAGGACUUCACUACCUAAAAAUAAAAGCUUUCAAAACAA